GGUGCCCGCUUCCUUUCCAGCAGGGACAGGAUGCAGAAGGAGCAGUUUGCCAAGGCCGUGCCCACCUUCCUGCAGAUGUGCCAGCCCUACUUCGAAUACCUGGAGUCCACCGCCCGCAGCUACAACUCCAGCCUGGGCGGCCUGCAGGCAUCCGUGCGCAAGAGGCUGCUGGAGAUCUCAGAGCAGCUGGCAUUGCGGCUGGAGCAGCUGGUGCUGAUGUACGCCUCCUUCAGCUUCGUCUCCCUGGAGGACACCGACCCCUUCAACGUCUCAUGUUUCUUCUGCGGCCGCUUCUGGCUCAGCGAGUGGCGCCAGCUCUCUGUCUUCCGCUUCUGCAUCUCCGCGCCCUACACGGCCGCCCGCCUGCCCCGCAACCUCUACAAGAAGAUGCGCUGGAACCUGGACGUUCUGGAGGAAGGGGCGGGCGCCGGGGGGCGGCGCCGGGGGCACCGCACCGAGUACUACUUCCUGUGCUUCCGGGACACGGGCAGGGAGAAUGCCGUCAAGAUGCAGAAGCUCUGGUCCAUCGGGCGCUGGGUGCCCCUGGACCCCGAUGCAGAGCACUCCUCCGACGUCCUGCAGUGGGUGCUGUGCCCGCAGCCCACGGGUGACUUCCAGCCACUGCUGACCAUCGGUUUCGAGGAGCCCUCGCACACCCUGGCCACCGACCUGCUGGUGCAGAUCCUGAACUCCCCGGCCUGCGCGCCCCUCCCCUGCCCUGGCGCCAGCAGGGAGCCCGUACACUGGGGCAGCCCGGGGGGGCAGGGACAGUAG